GCAGCGUUUUGUUAUGCGGGCCGUAACAAAGUUGAGAUGAGAAUCACCGGACGACAGCGUAACUAAUGACACGUCUGAGCGACACGAUGGAAAAACAAGGCAGAUUACUAUCUUCGAGGCUUUUCGUCAAGCACAGACAGGUAGAAGUUGCUCUGAGCCGCAGUGUUUUGGCGUGGAAGGAAACUGAGAGGAACAGAAAGCGGAGCUCUGGCAUCACUAACAGUGCUGACACAGCACAUAGCAAUGCUGUCCAGGUAUGUGAAAUAGUGUCUGUCUGCAAGACCAAAGACGAUGACCAAGAUGACACAGAGACCAGGAGAAGUCAGAAAAAAGCAAAGCAGCAAGCCCAUCUGUAUCCCCAUGCAUUCACAGUUUCAUACAUCAGAAGAACAAGGCAGCACCAGUGGCGGUGUAGUGAUGUCACCUUUCACUCGGUCAAUCAGGGACUCUGCGAGCAGUGGAUCCAAGCUAUCAAUGAGCAGCUGUCAUUACUUCCCAACCGACCGAAGAGCCUCCUGGUGUACAUCAAUCCAUACGGGGGAAAGCGGCGCGGGAAGCGUAUUUACGAGCAGAAGGUGGCACCACUGUUUCGCCGCGCCUGCAUCUCCGCCGACGUGAUUGUUACAGAGCGGGCCAAUCAUGCCAGGGACCACUUGAAAACGGAGGCCAAUCUAGAUAAAUAUGACGGGGUGGUGUGUGUUGGUGGAGAUGGGAUGUUCAGUGAGAUCCUGCAUGGUUUGGUCACCAGGACCCAAACAGACAAUGGCGUGGACCAAAACCAACCAGAUGCUGAGUUGGUGCCAUGUUCUCUACACAUAGGGAUCAUUCCUGCAGGCUCCACUGAUUGUAUCUGCUUUGCCACAGUGGGAACCAACGAUCCAGUUACUUCUGCUUUACACAUCAUUGUAGGUGAUUCCCAGCCCAUGGACGUGUGUUCCAUUCACCACAAUGACACCUUUAUCAGAUACUCUGUAUCGUUGCUUGGCUACGGUUUCUAUGGUGAUGUGCUGACAGACAGCGAGAGGAAGAGAUGGCUGGGUCCUGCAAGAUAUGACCUGUCAGGUGUAAAAACCUUUCUGAGUCACAACUUCUAUGAAGGCACCAUCUCUUUCCUCCCUGCUGAGAACAACAUGGGGGACCCCAGGGACAAGCUGCAAUGUCGAUCCGGGUGCCGCGUCUGUCAGCACAAGCCCUCAUCAAAAGACACGCAGUGGGAGAUGUCGGAGGAGAAGGAAAAGUCUGAUAAAGAUGGCAGCGGUGGUUGGAGUGUGAUCCGUGGGAAGUUUAUUGCCAUAAAUGCGGCCAAUAUGAGCUGUGCGUGUCCCCGCAGUCCAAAAGGCCUCUCGCCCUCUGCUCACCUCGCUGACGGCACCACUGACCUCAUCCUGGUGAGAAAGUGCUCCCGUCUGGACUUUCUCCGACACCUCCUCCGACACACCAACAAAGACGAUCAGUUUGACCACUCGUUUGUGGAGGUCCACCGGGUGAGGAAAUUUCGCUUCCAGCCAAUGUACCAGGAGCUGGUUUCACUGGAGGACCUGAGUGAGACUCCAAAGAAGACAGGCUUUAGUCCCAUAUGCUCCACCCAAACAACCCUCAACUACAGCACCUCCCACAGCAGCUGGAACUGCGAUGGGGAGAUCCUGCCUCACGCCGCCAUCCGAGUCAGUGUCCAGUGCCAGUUGAUCCGGCUGUUUGCCCGCGGUAUAGAGGAGCAGCAGCAGCAACAAGGCGUGUCUGAAGAUCCUUGUACACUGUGGGCCCCAGAGCCGGACUCACACUAAUCACCAGACUGAGAGCUGAAAUAGACAUUUAGCUACUGGAAAACAGAAACUGAGUUUCACUUGGCAAGACCUUCCUGAAAAAAAAUAAACAUGCAUCACAUCUUGGAUUUGCUUAAAGGAACAGUGUGUAAGAUUUAGGGGGAUUUAUAGCUAUGAGGAUUGCUGAUUGCAACAAUCUGAAACUUCUCCUGGUUAGAAAUCCUUGUCCGAAAGGGCCGCUAACUUCAAUGGCCAAUGCAAAAAAUGAGAAAAGUCUUACCUAGAGCCAAUGUUUAUUUUGUCUUUUCUGGGCUACUGUAGAAAUAGACUCCA